GUCCCAUGCAGAAACAUUGAAAAGGCUGUGCAUGUAUCCACAACUUUUGUUGCAUCCAUAUCGCUGACGGUGUAUGAGUGGGCCUACAGAUUAUUACUUACGCUGCGUGUUGAUGUGAAUAUGCACAUCAGGCUGUGAAUCACAAAGCGCUUAUUCCUUCGCCAAAGAAACUUGAACAUGAGUUGUACGGUGCCUGCGCCCGGCGCAAGUGUUGACGGUGAUGACCGGUGGUUGUGCUUGCACAAGUUAUUCUUAGCAGAAGGGACGGAAAAGGAGCCGGACGUGGUAGUGCUUGGCGACUACACGGUAGCAUUUCUUCAGCAGUCCGAGGUGUGGGAAAACUAUUUUGCUCCCCUGCACUGCUUGAACUUUGGCAUUCCUGAAGACCGAAUCGAGAAUGUGCUUUGGAGAAUCGAAAACGGAGAGCUGGACAACAUCAAAGCCAAGGUUGUUGUGCUCUCUGUGGGUUCCAAUAAUAACACAAGUUCUCCCGAGGCCGUUGCCGAAGGAAUAGUGACUUGCACAACUGCCAUCAAGUCUCGCCUUCCCGAGGCACAAGUAGUCGUCUUGAAGCUGCUACCAUGCGGCCAGCACCCAAACUCGCAGCGUGAUCGGCGGCGCCAGAUCAAUGAGCUGCUGGCCAAGGCAUUGAAGGGCCAACCACAGGUUCAGCUGGUGGACUUGGACCCGGGUCUGGUGCGCCCCGACGGCACCAUAGGCUACCACGACAUGUUCGACUUCCUGCAUCUCAGCCGGCAGGGCUACGUGUCCACCUUUGAACCACUGGCUGACUUGGUCGCUCAGCUUCUGAGAGAGGCUGCAGGCGCCGGCGACACUCCCGUGGCCGCCUCUUAGGUGCAUUGCGUGAUGGAGACAGCCUAGUGGCAUUUCUCCGCUACCAUCGCGCAUUGAUAUUUGUGGCCGAGAAACACUGCUUUACCCCAAUCCCUCCCACUUUUGCGAUGCACCGCUAGCUUUCAAGGGACUUUAAAAAGAAAAAAAAUAGGGGGGUAACUCACUUUACAGUCAUAGGCUAAUAUUUAAAAACUGAAUCUGCAUAUAUUUGGUGGAGAAAUAUAGGUUAUUUGCUGAGAGAGUAAAGGUUAAAGUUCGUCUGUUCUAUGUUUACACCCAAAAGCUGGGCUCACGACAUCAUUGUGACAUGGCAAAUUUCAAGUUUUCAGUGCAUAUUUGUUACAGGUUGAGUAGCAGCUUGCUCCUGAGUGCGAUGCAAUCUUUUUUAUAAUUUUUUUACUGGUAUUCAACUGGCGCCAAGAACAUUGAAGUCCAUGAUGUCCAUGGCAGCUUGUGUAGAAAUGUAAAAUGGCAAAGUCAACCAUCAUUUGUGUGUUGUGUGUCCUCUUACUUGGUCUGUUUGGUGUACACCAUUCUGGGCUUUACGUAGUGUUUCUAUUUAGUGUCCCCUUUUAAAUAUUAUUUCACAAGGCUCUUUUUGCGGCAGUGAUCCCACGACAGGUCUGCCGAGAGAAGUAGCCGAGACUCUGGCUAAUGCCCUUAUUACCCUCUCCAAAUGCACUUGCAAGCGCAAGUAGCGUAUGGCAUUUCAAAGCGCUUGUCUGCGUUACCACGACGACGCACUCCCACUUGCGGCUGGAAAACCAGUUCUGUCAUUUCUUGUCUCUCUUUUCUAAUGUGCAAUGCACUGUUUGCUUCGAGUCAUUUCUGCACGCGCUAGUGCGAGAGCGUGGCUUGUGAAAUUUUGAAUGCUCUCGUCUUUAAAGAUAAUCGUUAUCCAUCUUCUCACAUUUUCUUUCUUGAAAACUCUGUACCCGCUACUUUCUUGUCACGAGCGCUGCGUCAUGCUGAUAGUGCACAUGCCAUUUACGGUCUGGAUGUACUGAGCAUGCAGUGUUCGAAGAAAGGAAAGGCGCACAAGGCAGACGACUGUUAUAUUUUUUUGUAGUGUGACUUCGAAGGUGUGCUGCCACAUGACAAAUUGACUGCACAUCUGCACACGUGUUGCAUAGUUGAAGUGGCACAGCCAUCGAGCACACCCUAUUCACAGAAUUGCCAUUAAUUUGCCUCGGGGCAGUGCAGAUUAAGUUUUUAGCUUGCGAGAAUGGGCAUUUCUUCGGAGUUUCAGGAGCAAAUGUUAAUUAUCUUAAAAAAUUUUAUUUCUGACAGCACUCGGAGGGAAAUAAAUUUUGCCAUUUGAAGUGAAACGAGUGUGUAAGACAAGGCCUCAGCGUUGCGAGUUGACGGCGCAAAGGAAGUUUUUAAUUGAAGUUUCAGAGGUCUGAGGAAUGCCAGGUCCAAUUUGUUGACCUGUUUGUUUUAUUGCGAUAGCAAUUAUAUGGACACACUAGGCUGGUUUUGCCAGUCGCCAUCAUGUCCCGGAUAUGUAUAUGCAUAUUUAAAUAAAAGCCACAAAGAAAAAUAAAUCGGAAGAAAAAAAUUUCCGAAGCGUGCCAUCUGAAUUCGAACCUUCGACCCCUCGCUCUACAGCGCGCUGCUUUAAACAACUUGGCCACGCGCCACCGGCUGUUUAGCAUAACAACGGUGAGCUAUUUAUACACACCGUUUAACGCUAAAGGCACGCAGAGCUCGAAAGUGCUUCAGUAUGUGUAGCAUCACCCGCGAGAUUGCCCGAAGGGCGCGCUUUAAUUUAAAGCAACGCUCCUACAUUUUCCUUCAGACGCGCACUUAAAACUGGCCCAUUUCAGUACCCACUGACGAUGUGGAAUGCCAAGUAAAUGAUGCGCUGAAUGCGACUGCGCAGCAGGAGACACGGAGGGGUUACUCCACGCGCCGCAGUUUUAAAGAGAAAGAAGUCUAAGAGCGUUGGGUUGUAGCGCACUGCUCAAACACGAAGAAGUAACAACCGUAACAGUUCGCGCUUGUCCUGUGCCUACCUAUGCAUUCUUUUCGAGUGUCCUUCCUUGUGUUUGAGCAGUGUGCUGCAAGUGCCGAGCUGUGACCGUUGUUAGUUCGUGGUUGUCCUGUGCAUGUUUCUUUCGCGAGUCCUUUGCGCUCGAGCGGUGCGUUGCAAGUGUCAAGCUGCUUGCCGUUCUUUGUGUGACAUUCUAAUUUGUUGCUGUCGCAUUCAUUGCUUCGCCAUUGCAGCAAAACUGUGACUUUUUUCCCCCAUAAAGUUUCAAUGGCGCUAGUGGUUGAAGAUAUGCUUGCAGCGUGCAAGCAGCAAUGUGUGUUGGGAUUGAUGGGCAGCCCUAAUGAAAUGCGUUUUUUUUUUUCUUUGCCUUUUAGUAAUUGCAAUGCCUUGAUGGCCCAUAGUAGCACAUUUUCCUCUUGUUUUUAUGGUGCUGCAAGUUGACCUUACUCCUUGAUUUCGCCAUGCUGUCUUUCAGUAUCACUUGGGGAGACCAACCUGCAGUAAUUUGAGGAUGCUAGCCUAUGUUGGGGCUGCGUAUUAAAAUGCAUCUCCUACGUUAGAUAUUAGUAUUCUCAGUGUAAAAAAUAUGUGCGAGUGGGUAUCUGUAUGUAGCUUAUUUAUUGUUACAAUGCUCCUUUUGUUCUUGAGGCAUCUUUGACUGCUGUUCAAUGUUAUCCUGCGAAAAAAGCAGCCAAUAGAUGGUCCUUGUGGUUUCGCUGCUUGUUAGUGGCAAAUUUUUUAGUUAUGAUUGGUAGCGAUGAUAUGCCUUCAGUUAUUUUAGCAAGUAAGUCUGAUGCUGAAGCUUGUUUCACCAAUGGGCAUCGAUUUUUCCGUUACUUCUUUUUGGUGCACUCAGGUUGUAAAUAUGUGAGGGUGUUGGUUGCCUACUGAUUGCCUGGAGAGAUAUUUUGCCUCAAUAUUGUACAGUGCUUUGUGGAUCUAACUUGCAGGCAGUUGAACGAUGUGUUCCAGCUUAAUUUUUUGUGUGUUGCCCUUUAGCGCUACGUUCUCUCUAAGGUUGGUUUGCAAUAUGAUUGCUGCAUUCAAUUCAAUUUAAAUGUGCGUGUAAGGUGGUAUGUUGUGUUAUUGCAGGAUGCGAGAUGGAUGAGCAUUUUUGCUAUUUUUGUGGGCUAUUUUUGAGCUGUUGCCCUUACUUGUUCUAGAGUGGUAUGGCACCGAACCUAUCGGAACAGCUACAGUUUAACGGCCAUGCAUUUCUGCUGGAACGCAAAGUAAAAAGAACUUUCUUCAACUGUGACAAGUGUGAUGGCAGUGCCUUUGAUGUUGCAUCUACAGUGGAUUGUAAUAAACUUCCUAAAGCCUGCAAGACAGUA